AUGAAUUUACAAGUCUAAAGUGAUAUAGAUUUGAAACUAUCUGCCUUAGAAAAAUUGGGAGACAAUCCAAAUGAAGUUGAUAUUAAAUAUGUAAGCUAUACACUCAAAAUCACAUAAUAAACAAUACAUCAGUGGUUGGAAGAGAAAAGAGUUGAAGAAGAUUUUCAAAUUGAUAUAUCACCAGUCGAAGACACAGAAUGUUAAUUUAUUGGAUGUAAUGUGGAAAACAAAGAGUUUUUGAAUAAAUAAAAUUAGGUUAAGUAAGAGGAUGCUCAAUAGAAAUAAAUGCAGAUUUCAUUUAAAUCACCAUCAAAUGAGAUAAAAGAAAACGAAGUCUCAAAAAUUAAGGUAUAAAUUAAUAAAAUUGAUUAAACCAAAUCAAAUGCUGAUAAAACAGCAGAAAAGGCUUAAACAAAACAUAUCAAUUUAGUUAUUAGACAAUCUUAAUAACAAUCAUUUGAAGAUUGUAAGACUCAAGAAAAAAGUCAUUAAGAAAAUUAGAAUGCUGAUCAAUUUCAUUCAACCAAAAAAUUAUUAUCAAUACAUGAACAAUAGGAAAUAUCAAACAAAUAGAAUGUCAAAGGAAGUUUAUCUAAAAAUAUCGAUCACAGAGCUCAAUAAAAUCAAGAUUAAUUAAAUUCAUAAAAAAUAUAAAAAUAAUAGCUUAAGUAUCAGGAAAAUUUAAUACGUCUGGAGAAGGAAAAAGAUUAAUAGGGAACGAAUUAAAUUAAAUUAAUAGAUUAGGCAAAAUAAUCAAGAAAUGAACAACAAAACAAAUCCUUAAUUGUACUUGAUAAAGAGGCCAUUAAGUAAAAUUAAAUAAUUGAAAAUUCAAAAAUAAAAUCAAAAUAAAGUUUCAAAAAAUUAGAGAUAAGUAGUAAACAAUAGACGUUAUCAGAUCUAACUCAUUUAAGAAGAAAAAAAGUAGAGAAUCCAGUAUAAUAAUAAUUGUUUGCAAUCGGAUAAAAUAAGAUGUUAGAACAUAAUGUCAUUUAAUAAACUCAGUAGAAACAAAAUAAAAUAUAAGUAAAUCUUACAAAUUAAAAUUAAAUUUCAUAAAAAAUUCAACAAUUUUAAUAAACCUAGGAUCACAAUUCUCAUUACAUAAAUUAAUAAUAACCAGGAUUAAAUUUAACAGAAGAAUCUAUAAUUAAUUCAAAUGUAUAAUCUCAUGAAUAGUAAAAUAAAUAAUAGCAAUAGGUUGAAAUACAGACUUCUAAUUCUAUGCAUUAGAAUAUGACAUAAACACCUGAAAAGUUGGAUCAUAAUUUAUCAAUAGAACCACUAAAAUUACAGUAGUAACACCAAAACCAUUUAGUUUGUACUUCUCAAUUGAAGGAUCACAAUAAUCCUAUAAAUUAAGCUUCAUUACAAUAAUAGUACAGAGGACUUUAACCGUAAAUUGAUUCUGAAGGCAAUCCCCUAUAAAUAUAAUCGAGUCAGAUCACACAUGAGUGUAUUUAAUAACAAUACAUGGAUAGGAUGUUAUAACUACCCAAUCAAGUAGAGAUGAUUUAGAUGUUCAAUUACAAUUAGCAAGUAUUAGGAUAGGUAAUUAAACUGAUUACGACAGUUAGUAAUUAGUAGUUCGCAUUGAUGCAGAAGCUUGA